UUCUUCACUCCCCACCCUUUUCCUAUACGUGUGUUCCUGUCAGUAGUAUGUGUGACAGACAAUAACUUAUAGGCACAACACACAGAAACGAGGACAAAGAAAACACUGAUUUAAAGUUUUAAAAAACUGAUCAACCUUCGUUUUCUCACAAGGCAAGUAAAAGGUCGUUAUCAGGAUGUCUGGUGCUGCACAGGAAGAGGAAGAGUUGCCUUCCAAUUAUACAGGUCCCAAAGGUGUCAUCAAUGACUGGCGAAGGUUUAAGUUGGACAGUGUGGAUCAGACUACACCUCAGACUAAGAGGGAGUUGCUCAGACAGAUGUCCAGCCCUCGAGAGGACGAUAAGGAGAGAGUCAACAGAAAGAUGAGUGUUCAGGAGUAUGAAAUGAUCCAAGAUGAGGACGAAAGUUGCCUGAAACGCUACAGAAAACAGUGCAUGGCGGAAAUGCAUGAGCGCCUGAGCUUCGGUCCUAAAUUUGAAUAUGUCCAUGAGCUGGAGAGUGGAGAAGCUUUUCUGGAAGUGAUAGAAAAAGAACAUCGUUUGACUCUGGUGGUAGUUCACAUCUACCAGCACGGUGUCAAAGGGUGUGAGGAGAUGAACUCCUGUCUGGACUGUCUGGCUGUGGAAUACUCCAGUGUUAAAUUCUGUCGUAUCGAUGCUGUUGCCACUGGAGCUGCAGAGCGAUUCUCCUCUGAUGUUCUCCCUGCCCUGCUGGUUUACAAGGCUGGUGAGUUGCUGGGCAAUUUCCUGGCAGUCACCAAACACUUCAAUGAAGAGUUCUUUGCUACAGAUGUGGAAGGAUUUCUCAAUGAAUAUGGCCUCUUACCAGAGAAGGAGUUCUCGGCUUGCGCUGAUGAUGAAGAUGACGGAGGGGAGGUAGAAUAAAGUGAAAUUAAAAGAAAUAAAGAGUACAAAAAAAAAAAAAAAGGUAUGAUAUUGGAGAGGGCAAAGGAAUCAGAGGUGGAGAUGAAAACAGAAAAUAAUUAUAGGAAGAGAGAGGGACAGUGUAUAUAUAUAUAUGUGUGUAUGUAAGAUAUAUUUAGACAUACACAUACUUUAGUUUAAUUUCACUGUUAAUAUUAAUACACUAGUAAACUAGGGCUGGACAAUACAAAUAAAAAAAAACCUUCAUACAAGUACACCU